AUGCGGUGUGCUUGCUGCUGGGUGUUGAGCAUCGUUGCCUUGUCUGGAACGUUGCCACUGCUGGGCUACGGUAAGCUGGCUUAUCGACUAGCAGUUUCAGGGCCCGAAUCGUUGUGCUGUGAUUUUGUACGGGAUAUGAGCAUCCUGUAUGGGAUGUCGGAUGAUGAAGCAGUAGCAAACGAAGAAGGCGAAGAAGGGCAGUUUGGGGCCGAUGAGGACGAGGAAUCACCCAGCACGUACAGUAAAUCCAAGCGCGGCGCAUUCAACAUGCUGGCUGCCGCCACAAAGGAAGAUAAUGAAUUGGAGGCUUUGCUUGCGGAGAUCGAGAAACCAGUCGAGAAAGUUGCGAAAGGAAAAAAGAAGGGAGGCGCAGCUAGCAAUCUACAACCUUCUGCCACUGAGAAAAGCGCAGCUAGCAAUCUACAGCCUUCUGCCAUUGAAAAAAGCGCAACUAGCAAUCUGCAAGUUUCUGCCACCGAAAAAACUGAAGCUGAAAGCGAGGUAAAGCUCGAUGAGACAGGCGAUUCAGCACAGCCAGUUGCCGGAGACGCAGCAGCUAAAAAAAAGGAUAAAAAGAAAAAGAAGAAAGCCGAAAAAGAUAAAAAGCUGGAACUUGAAUCCACCCCUGAAGGAGAUUCUGUCGCCGCUUCAGGCGCGGAAAAUCAAGAGGGGGCAGAGAAGAAAGAGGAAGACUCUUCUGUCGACAAAAAGAAGAAAAAAGAAACACCGAAGGAAACAAGGAAAAAGAAACAUGUUAGCAUGAUCAAAGAACUACUGCGGAAAAGGCAGGAAGAAGAAGAAAGAUUAUUGAGGGAACAGAAAGAGGAGGAAGAAAGAUUGCUUGCAAUACAGAAAGCCAAAGAAGAACAAGAACGAUUGGCGAGAGAGAAGAAGGAACGUGAAAAGCAAAGGAAGAAGGAACGCGAUGAGAGGCUAAAAGCUGAAGGCAAAUAUUUGACGCCAGCACAGAAGGAGAAAUUGAGGCGACAGCAGGCGUUGUUAGCGAAUUCAAAUAUCAUACUUCCAAUUGCACUGAGAAGAGAAGGCGAGGAAGAAGCACCAACGAAGCGUCCUGUUUAUGGCAAGAGAAAGCCGAAGAAGGGACCCAAACCAGAAGAAAAAGUGUCUGCACCAGAAAGCGUCCAGCCUGCACAGGAGCCUGAAAUAAAACCAGCUGCAAAGCCGGCCGAAGAAAUUUCAACGGCUCCAAAAAUUCUUGAUUCGUGGGAUGACGAAAUUGUCGAUGACUGGGAAAGUUUAAAUGUGGAGGAGGACACAAAGGAAGUGGCACAAAGUGCACUGGAACAAGCGAAACAACUUGCACCAGCGGUUCCUACAGCAGCAGAACUUGCAGCAGUUCCCGCACCAGGAGAACACCUUGCAGCAGCUUCUGCAAGAAAUGAGGUUUGCUUUUAUGUUGGUGUGUUUACAGCGGUGCGGGAGCCAGAAUUUUUUUCGUUGGUAUGGAAUUACUGCGGAAGAAGCGAGGAGGAGAAAGAACACGAAAGUGUUUUUGGCCUUUUUUUCUAA